AUGCUAAGGGGGACUUCGAUAUGGUGUCUCGUAUGGUAUCUGGCAUGGCAGGCGGCGGUGGGUGUUCUCUGGGCUGGGCGCACACGAGCGCAUCUGCUAGGGCAAGGGCACUACGGCGGCACUUUGGAGCUGGCGAUGGGCCUAGAGCGGGCAACGAACGCCAGCCUCCUGAGGCCGUUUAACCGCACAAGAGUUAGCGGGAGUGCGGGGUCGCACAGCGUGCAAGAGUUUGUGCGGUCGUACUUUGCAGGCUUGAAGCAGCCCUGGCAAGCCGAGACGCAGCAAUUCUCCGAAGCGGGGCACAAGUUCGCGAAUAUGGUGUUCACGCUUGGCGGCGGGGAGCGUCAGCUGGUGUUGGCUGCGCACUACGACAGCCUGGCCCGGCCCGAGGGGUUUAUCGGCGCGAUAGAUAGCGCAGCAAGCUGCGCAAUGCUACUUUAUGUCGCACAGGUGCUGGAAGCCCUGCGGAUAGAUUUCCCUCUUGACGGGGAGGAGCGCUUCACGGGCCUGAAGCUGGUGUUCUUCGACGGCGAAGAGGCGUUCGAGCAAUGGAGCCCCGAAGAUUCGCUGUACGGCUCUCGGCACAUGGCGGAAAAAUGGGAAAGGGACGGCACGCUGCAAGAUGUGCAGCUGCUGGUGCUGCUGGAUCUCCUGGGCGGGCCCGGCGAAGACCUGGUUCCCAGCUACUUCAAAGAAACGCACCACUACUACGAGGACCUGUGGGUGAUCGAAGCGAAGUACAACAGCGAGUACUCGGUUUCUACGAGCUACCUGGACCCGUCUGCCAAGGCCCGCGUCUACAUCGACGACGACCACAUGCCGUUUCUGAGGCGCGGGGUGCCCGUGUUGCAUCUGAUCCCUUCGCGCUUCCCGCCCAACUGGCACACACUGGAAGACGACUUCGCACACUUGGACGCCGAAGCGGUCAAAAAGUGGACUGUGAUGCUUGUGGAGUUCACUUUACUGCAGCUGGGCUGUUAUUGGGACUGGGAGUAG